UUAAUUUUGACUUCAGCAAAAUGCAUUUUGGACACAUUUCCUACAACUGUGCUCCUACUUUUGGAUUGUAAUAAACUAAAUGUAAAAUCAUGUUUAGUUUGUCCAUGGACUAUAAGUUUGCUGAUGGGGAUUGCUGUCACUAGGUCGGUGUUGUCUGCCACAACCUCACUGCUCAUGUCCAGAAGCUUCCCUCCUAUUUGGGAUGAUUCUAUUUCUGACGAACAAAACGGACAAAAUUGGGCUCAAGAAGAAGCCUAUGAGCGGUUAAUGUUUGGUGAUAAGCUAAAUCCUUCUCUUCUUGAUUUGAAGCAUUUGAAUUACUUUAACCUCAGCUUCAAUAAUUUCCCUGCUUCUCCUAUUCCCUCAUUUCUCGGUUCAAUGAAGAGUUUAACAUCUCUUACUCUCUCUUAUGCGGGAUUUGUGGCACUCAUACCUCAUCAACUUGGAAAUCUCUCCAAAUUGCUCUAUCUCAAUCUCGAAUGUCCUUGGGUUGAUUUAUAUGUGAAUAACCUUCAAUGGCUUUCUGGUCUUCCUUUGUUACAACAUCCCGAUAUGAGUGGUGUAGAUCUUAGCAAAGCCUCCGAUUGGCUACAACUCACAAACACACUCCCUUCCUUGUUUGACUUGCGCUUGUCAUCUUCCCAACUUCCUUCCAUUCCACCGACACCCACUGUUAACUUUUCAUCUCUCCUCACCCUCGAUCUUUCAAAGAACCAAUUUGAAAACACUUUGAUCCCAUCAUGGAUCUUUGGUCUUCGUAAUCUUGUUUCUCUUGAUCUAUCUUUCAAUAACUUUCAAGGUCCAAUCCCUAUUGAUCUCCACAACAUGACUUCUCUUAAGCACCUCCAUCUAUCUGGAAACUAUUUCCACCAUAGACUUCCCAAUUAGUUGUAUAGUUUUAGUCGUCUUGAC